AUGCACUGGCCUCACUCUUGAGGUCUUUUAUACACACAGGCGGCACGCUGGAACCCGCCCCGCUGCGGAGUGCCAGACCUCCCGGUGUCACCAGAUGGCCAGAACGGGCGGAAUCGGCAGAAGCGGUUCGUCCUCUCUGGCGGACGCUGGGACAAGACUGAUCUCACCUACAAAAUUAUCAGGUUCCCAUGGCAACUUGUAAAAGCUAAAGUGAGAAGGACCAUCGAGGAAGCUUUGAAAGUCUGGAGCGAUGUGACCCCACUGACCUUCACCGAGGUGCAGGAGGGCCGGGCUGACAUCAUCAUCGAUUUCACAAGGUACUGGCAUGGAGAUAACUUGCCUUUUGAUGGGCCUGGAGGGAUCCUGGCACACGCAUUCUUCCCCAAGACACACCGGGAGGGAGACGUCCAUUUUGACUAUGACGAGACCUGGACUAUUGGGAACAACCUGGGCACUGACCUCCUCCAAGUGGCUGCUCAUGAGUUUGGCCACGUCCUGGGCCUGCAGCACACGGCUGUCUCCAAGUCACUGAUGUCGCCUUUCUACAUCUUUCGCUACCCGCUAAGUCUGAGUGAGGAUGACAAGCAAGGUAUCCAGUACCUCUACGGGAAACCCAAACUGGAUCCUGACCCAACCCCAACUCAGCCAGCAGAGCUGCCCCAGCUGGACCUUGAAACAAAUGAGAUCACCAACGUGGAGGUGAGUGAACAGCUUGCCUGUGUCCUCCUCUAACCCCAUAGCUUGUUCCCAGCUGCUGGGACUGUCCUCACCGUGAGGCCAGCAGCAGGCUUACACACGGUUUGGUGUCCGUGUCUUCCACCCACGCUGCUAAGCCCAGGUCCAGACCCCAUGGCUGCCCGCCACUGGCAGGGGAUCCCCAGCUCUGUUGAUGCCACCUUCGAGGACCCUCUGGGCAAUAUCUGGUUUUUCCAAGAUUCUCAGUACUGGAUUUACGAUGGCGAGAGACGGGUAUCUGGUCCCACCCCAAUUGUGGAGCUGGGCCUCCCUGCAUCCCCUGUGCAGGCAGCUCUGGUGUGGGGGGCUGAGAAGAACAAGAUCUACAUUUUCAGUGGAGGCAACUACUGGCGCUUCAACCCUCACACCCGCCAGGUGGACAACAUCUACCCCCGGACCAUGGCCGACUGGCGUGGCGUCCCUCAGGAGAUCGACGCGGCUUUUCAGGAUGAGUUUGGUUUUGCCUAUUUCUUGAGAGGCCGAGAUUACUGGAAGUUCGACCCAGUCCAGGUGAAAGUGCUGGAGGGCUACCCACGCCAGAUCAGCCAGGACUUCUUCAGCUGUACACCUUCCUCCAACUCCUUCAGAUGA